AUGCAGCUGACUCACUUCCUUGUUGCCUCUCUGGCUGGUGUCGUCGCCGCGCAAGCCGAAGCAGCAUCUAGCGCAGCAUCCUAUGCUGCGGCACAGGCCAGCAUCCAAUCUGCCCUGUACUCCUUGCAGACUGCCGUGACAGAAACCGGCGCCGAGCGAAAUUCUAUCUUCGCUUCCCUGCAGUCUUCCGCCGUCGCUGCUCAGGCCUCCUUGGCGAGCCAGUUCAACUCGAACCUAGGCAUCACCCAAACCAGUGCCUCCGCUACUGAGACUGGCGCACCCUCUGGCUCCGCCUCGGGAUCUGCCACGGGCUCUGGGUCUGCCACGGGCUCUGGUGCCGCCUCCGGCUCUGGAUCGGCUUCCGGAUCGGCUUCCGCUUCCGAGUCGACCAUCACCUCUGGGUCGACCUCCACCUCCACGUCUGUCAGCACCGACGCAUCGGGGUCUUCGUCGACCUCUCGCAGCACUCGCACCAGCAGCAGCACCAGCACCAGCACUGAGAGCGGCAGCAGCUCGAGCAGCUCUGCCGCCUCCGCUGCGGGCACCGUCGCUCUGCCUGGGCUCGGAGCCCUGGCUGCUCUGCUCGUUGCUCUCUUCUAA